UCAUCAUUUAAAGAAGUAACAAGUUCCUGGUUAGCCAGUGAAGAAAGAGAGUCAGUGAUAAACCAUCAGAGUCUCAGCAUGAAAGUCUCUCACACUUUGAUCUGCUUCUUCUUCCUCUUCUCUCUGCAGGAUGGAAGCACUGGUCUCGUCAGUGCCCAACUCUCUGUCUAUUCAGGAAUUGAAGGAGAAUAUUUCAGAGUUAAAUGCUCCUUUACUUGGUAUGGAAUCAGGAUGCUCUUCUGUAAGGAACCAUGUGAACAAGAAGACAUUCUCAUUGAAACAACCGGUGCCCCAGCUCAGAGUGGCAGAUACAGCAUUGAUUAUGAAGAUAGACAUUAUUUUGUGACCAUCACUCAGCUGACCAAGUCUGACUCAGGAGAGUACUGGUGUGGUGCGGGACCAUAUUUGUCAUCGCCUUCAUACGAGAAUAUUGAAAUCAUCGUUAUUGAUGCAAAACUUGUUGGUGAUCCUUCUGCAGAAAAAACAAUCAAUGCUAGAACUGGAGGGAAUAUUGUAGUUCAAUGCUCCUUUACUGAAUAUGGAAACAAGAAGUACUUCUGCAAGGAAGAAUGUGAAGAAGGAGACAAUCUUGUGGAAACGACUAGUAAUGCAGAUCAGAAAAAUGGCAGAUACAGCAUGAGAUCUACUCAAGGAUUUUCAACAGGAUAUUUUCUGUAUGUGAGCAUCAAACAGCUGACCCAGUCUGACUCAGGAGGGUACAGGUGUGGUCUGGGCAUAACUUCCUCUCGGAAUCAAUACCAGAGGUUUAUGCUCAUCGUCACUGAUGCUCUGACCACUUCUACACCUUCAUCAUCAGUCUCAUCAGCAUCCUCAACAACAACAAACAAAAGGGAAAGUUCCACAACUUCACCAGCCACCCCUAAAACCACCAAGCAGCCUGAAACAACUAAAGCUGUGAUCCUGUAUUUGUUUCUGACUCUGGUCGUCCUGGUCAUCGUGUCAUCACUGUCUGUGCUGGUAUUCUGCAGGAAGAGGAUUUGUAAAGCCAAAGAACCUCAUGAGGAAACACAAUGUGCUUCUGCACCAGAGGCUGAAGACGACCCGAGUCAACCCGCCUACUCUGAAAUCAAAUUUGUCAGUGUCGGCUCGUCCCACAGCGGUUUCCACGGUGACGCUGAGUGUGUUAUCUACUCUGUUCCUCGGGUGGAAGCUAGCUCUGAUGAGCCCCCUCUGUACUCUACUGUUAACGACCCCCAAUAACUCUCACAGUCUGGCAGAAGAAGCUGGUGUGAAUUAAGCAGCCGUGUAAAUAUUCUGAAACAGAGAGAUGUUUGUGGGAAUAUGUACGAUUAUUUAACCAUUUACUUAUUUCAAACCUGCUUUGAAUGACCUGCUCAUGUGAUGAUAAGUCCAGCUCUGCUCUAGUUCACAAACGUGCCGCUUCAACAGUUUGCUUCAGGUCAAAGCUGGUUGCACUUAUUGUACGUCCAUUUGGAUAAAAGUUAUCUUUAUUAUAUGUAAUUUAAUGUAAAAAGCUAUUUUAUGCCUUCAAUGUAUUUAUUAGGUUGAUUUUAUUCCAAGUUAUAAUAUAUGGUAUUAAAGUUAUUUGUGUAAGAUAAACUGUUCUAGUAAAGUUAGCAGAUUAGCAUUAGGUAUUUUUGCUUCCAAAUACGGUUGACUAUUUUGGUUAAAGACUUGAUUUACAGAAAUGUUUAAUUAUAGCGGAAUAUAAAUAAAUAGAUAUUAAACUAUUUUACUUCAACCAGGUGAUGUGGUCAGUACGGGAUGCAAGAUGCCACUCGCACAUAUGUAUAAUCCUUAUGACUUGUUUCUAUUGUUUUAUACUGUACAUAUAUAUUUGGACUUGUACCAUUUUUAUGGAGUUUUAUUUUUUAUAUUGUAUUUUAUAUUCGACCUCUUCCUGCUUUUUUAUACUCUGGAUAAUUUCCUCGGGAUAAAAAUAAAACAUUUCUGAAAUGU